CGAAUUGUUGGCUGCACUCUCUGAUACACAAUGGCUUUCCAAUAUUGACCUGCAGCUUGCUUUGCUACAUGACACGGACAUUAUUAUCUACCUUUCGAAUAUCUCUGAUCUAUACAUUCAGUUUGUUGUAUAUAGAAUAAUCAAGACAUUGCUCUUGCUCUCGAAUCUACCGAUGGAGUUUGAUCAACUUUGUGUGAAUCAACUGCAGCAUCAGCUUAUUCGUAAGCUUUCCCAAAGAUUUGUCGAUAGCCAUACUUUUCCCUCUAUUUCGUAUGAACAACAACAACAACUACUACUACUACUACAACAGCAACGACAGCAGCAGCGGAACGUUCUUGAAUUGUUCCACCUGCUGUUCAAGCAUCAUCGACAUUUGAUCCGCCACCUGAAAACCGGUUCAAGUGACCAUUCCAGUCAAGAGAAGGAGAUUCACAACCAUGCUGCAUUGAUUACUUUAAGGGAAUUGACUCUGCUCUCACCGUUCUGGGAUCUUGUGUUGCCACAAAUCCUUCGUUCGGAAGAGACACAGUACGCGAUGUUGAGACUGUUGAUUGAUCUUGAAAAAUAUCGCACCAUACACAGCAUCAAAGAAUCAUGGUAUCGAUAUGUUGUUCUUUGCCAUGAAAAUAUAAGCCGCUGUACAGAUCAGCUCAUAGACGUCUCUUUAUUCAAGCCAUCAUCACUCCGAAAACUGUUUGAGCUCUUGGGAUUAUUGGUAAAGGAUGCUCCACCAGCUACUGCUGGACCAAGCCCGGAUUCUUCCCACAAUUUGUCUAACGCUCUGGAAUUAUCGGUUUACGUUCUCAAGGGACUGGCUCCUUUAUUGCUUAAAAUCAUGACUGCCUUGAGUGAGCAUGACCCUGAACUCGAUUACUUUUCAACCGAGGCUACUGUUUUUAUUUUCUCCAACAACCCUGCCUACACCCAGAUCCACAAAGCUCUGCAGCCCCUUGUGUCAAAUCCAGAGGCGAUCCGUCAGCUAGGCCGCGUGUUUUUGACUGCUGUGCUCUCUAUCCUCAGCUCUCUAACGAAUCCAAAAGCCCAUAGUCAACAGGCUACUGAUCUUACAAAGGAAACAGUCAUGUUGGACCAGAUAGCAUCCCAGCUACCGUCCCUUUCUACGUUUCUUCAAUCCUGGGUUGGGCCAAAGACCUUGAAAAUCCUCUUGAGGAUCUAUGCCGAAGAUGAUGCCGGUAUCUCAUGGUUACUGCUGACCAUAGCUCAGAUCCAUCAGAAACUUGAUCAGAUAUGCUCACAUGAUGACCAUUAUUAUUUUUCUUCUUCUGUCAUCCCAUCGCCAUCAUUGCUGUUAUCGGUCAAGGAACUAUACAUCCAUCUUCAUCGCCAUGUUCAUCCACUAGAGGCACUAUUCCUGUUUCUGGAAACGAUCGGAUAUGACCACCAGACUUUACUUGAUUUACUUUUAACACUGGAUGACCAAAGGACAGGAGGGAUGCUUAGUGCAAUGAUGAUGGUCUUACGGACCUUUACAGAGCAUGAAUCAGAUCAAAAAACUCUAAUCGCACGUUGGCACCACCAGAUCAUAUUGGAAGAAGAAAGCAAGAUCAUAUAUGAAGAUGAUGAUGAUAAUAAUGAGCAAAUCAGCCCAACAAGAACACAAUUGUGUAACAUGGAGCUCUGUCUUUCACAGCUGGUUGAUCAAAUUCGAAAGUUAAAUGAUAAAAAUCUAUUCCCUUACAACCCACGGGCCCUCUUGGUAGUACUGGAUCACAGUAGAGACAUUUUGUCAUCCGUCAUCGCUACGAUACCAUAUCCUCAUUGAGACAAUAAACC